AUGCGGUUUUCUGGGAUUCUCAAGACGAUAAUUUUUGUCGCAGUAUUAUUUAGAUUUGAAGCAAUCAACACACCAGUUGUCAGUUGUGAUCAGAUAGAAAAAAAUUUGGAACCAACAGUACUCCCUACUUCAUCACAUUGUAAUAAAUCAGAAAAUGAGGAGGAUAUUAACGGUGCCAGAGUAAUCAGUAAAGGAGUAAGUGAAGACAAUACUGAUGUCCUCAACGAAAAUGAAACAGUUAAUGAGGAUGAAGAAGAGAGAGGGAAAAAGAAACGACGCAAAAGACGGAUUUUAUUCACAAAAUUGCAAACCUUUGAACUAGAAAGGAGAUUUCGCAUACAGAGGUAUCUUUCGGCACCUGAACGUGAGCAGCUUGCCACCCAAAUCCGGUUAACGCCUACACAAGUGAAAAUUUGGUUCCAGAAUCAUAGGUACAAAACAAAGAAAACCUGUCAGGAUAAGGGAUUAAAUGGUAAUCUGGUACAGCCAAUGUCAUCUGUUAAUUUCUCCCAAUCAAAACGUAUCCCAGUGCAAAUGUUGGUGCAUGAUGGAAAACCAUGUCCUACGGAUCUUGUAACCGGUACAUAUCCUCCAUCAAAUACACUUCCGAGUACAUUCACACCAAGUGGAAAUUAUUUCACACCCACUAGUUCCAUUUUACCCUCUAGUUCACAUUACUAUAUGCCAAAUGGAUGGGCUUGGUAA